ACCCUGUAAAAUCAUAGCAGUAGUCUACAGAACCAAGGCAGGAGGAAGAGAAGAGAAAAGAUAGAGGCUUGUUUGGGUGACAACAAUGGCGACUUCUUCAAUUUCUGCUGCACUAUUAUCUCCCCUCACACUUCGCAAUGCAUCUUCCUCAUCAACCAAACAAGACUUUUCCACCCUCUCUUCUUUAAACCUCAGAAGAACCCUAACUCCUACCUUACAAUCGGGACACACCUUAUCCAACUCCUCUAAUUUCGCAACUUUUGCUGCCCCUGGAGCUUUGGAGGUUCUGGAAACUUCCCCUGAUUCAUUUGAGGAUGGUUCUGAGACUUCAAAAAUCAGCAUUGCUGCAGACUCUGAUCAGAUGGCUCCAAAGCAGAAGAUACGAAUAAAACUGAGAUCCUACUGGGUUCCCUUGAUAGAGGACUCUUGCAAACAGAUAAUGGAUGCUGCAAGGACAACAAAUGCAAAAAUCAUGGGACCUGUACCAUUGCCUACAAAGAAGAGGAUAUACUGUGUACUCAAGUCACCUCAUGUGCACAAGGAUGCUCGAUUUCACUUUGAGAUCCGAACUCAUCAACGCCUCAUUGACAUAUUGUACCCAACUGCCCAGACAAUCGACUCUUUGAUGCAGCUAGAUCUCCCUGCAGGUGUAGAUGUGGAAGUUAAGCUCUAAAGAUCCAUCUCGGGAGCUGUAAAAACUGUUAGAUGUCGGUGGUUGCAGACGAAGAUCUAAUAGCCAGUGUUGAUGGAUGUCGUGUGUGUUAUAAUUUGCAUAAUUUAAGUUUAGUUUUGUUCAUUUUCCCAACUUUUGCGAGCUGUCUGUUCAUCAAAGGCACAAAAAGAAGCCCCUUGCAAUCUGUAUAAUUGCUUAUAUGCUUGUAAAAGCUGCUAGUUCAAUGAAAAUAUGGGAAAGAAUGCAAUUGAAUUGUAUAAACCUUAUAAAUUUUUUGAAUUAGUAAGAACUCUAUCACAAAAUUUCUGAAUUAA